UUUCUUGUCCAUUUCAUUUGUCGCCCUUCUUUACACUACAUUUCUAUAGCGUCAAUGAACCUCCUUCAAUUCCUUCCUUUAUUUCUUCCGUUAUAUUUAUAGAGUUAUUAUUAUAUCAUAGACAAAAUCUCCUGCACUCUUACUCUUUUUGGAGUCACUCAUCCCCUAAAACCAAAUACCUCCAUAGGAGGAAAAGAAAAUUUGAUGGCUCCAUUGAGACAUGUUCCAGUACUGAUACUACUGCUGAAUUUUUUUAUCAGCUGUUCGAACGCUUACCAAUUCGACGUCGGUGGCACAGAUGGUUGGAUUGUUAAUCCUCUUGAAUCAUACGACCACUGGGCUCAGCGGUUGAGAUUUCAAGUAAAUGACACUCUUUUGUUCAAGUAUAAGAAAGGAUCAGAUUCGGCGUUGGAGGUAAAUAAGGAUGACUAUGACAAGUGCAACACAGAAAAUCCGAUUAAAAAAAUGGAAGAUGGCAACUCUGUUUUCAAGUUUGAUCGGUCUGGUCCUUUCUAUUUUAUUAGUGGCAAAAAGGAUAAGUGUGAAGAAGGACAAAAGUUGAUUGUUGUUGUUCUAGCUGUUAGACCGCCGCCUCCUUCUCCUCCCACGCCGCCCAAAGCUCCGGCUCCAUCCGCUCACACUCCAACGACGGCUACUCCACCUAAAGGAUCAUCAACACACAUUUCACCGUCACCAAAAGGAAAUCCGGAUUCUCUUUCUCCUGUAGGUAAAACUCCGUUAGCAUCACCUACACCUGUUGAUUCCCACUCAUCUCCAACGGCCCAUGCACCUGGAAAAGCUCCUACAUCAGGUGUGACUCCGCGUCAUGGUCCACAACCAUCUCCAACGGCUCAUGCACCUCUAGUAGGGGUGCCGCCUGCACAUGAUGGUUCCCACUCAUCUCAGACGACCCAUGCACCCAAAAAGGCUCCAACACCAGCAUCAUCGCAUGCACCAGUUGUGGCUCCAACACCGGCGUCACCUGCUCCAGGGAAGGCCCCAACACCGGGAUCAUCGGAUGGGCUUCCAAGUGCCGGUUCAAACCAAUCUCCCACGGUUCAUGCUCCCCUAAAGGCUCCAACACCGGCACUGUCGCAUGUUCCUUCUGGUUCACAUUUAGCUCCGACUACUAAUGCGCCUGGAAAGGCUCCAACCCCGGCAUUGUCGAAUGUGCCUCGUGGUACUGGUUCAAAACCACCUCCUACAAGUCAUGCACCUGGAAAGGCUCCAAGCAGCGCAUCAGUUGCUCCUGCUGGGUCCCACUUAUCUCCGACAGCACAUGCAACCGGAAAGGCUCCAACACCUGCAUUGUCGCAUGUGUCUCCAAGUCCAGGUGCACACCUAUCUCCUACUGCUCAUGCACCUGGAAAGGCUCCAAUAGGGGCGGCGUCACUUGCGCCUGUUGAUUCCCACCUAUCUCCAAUUGCCCAUGCACCAAGAAAGGCGCCUACACCAACAUCAUCGAAUGUGCCUCGAGGUACUAGUUCCAACCCACCUUCUCCAAGUCCAGGUACACACUUAUCUCCUACGGCUCAUGCACCUGGAAAGGCUCCAACAGGGGCGUCACCUGCGCCUGCUGGUUCUCACUCAUCUCCAAUUGUCCAUGCACCAGAAAAGGCGCCAACAACAGCAUCAUCGAAUGUGCCUCCAGGAAAGUCUCCAUCGGAGGCGUUACACGCGCCCGAUAGUUCAUCUCCAACUGCCCAUGCACCUGGAAAGGCUCCAUCUCCCGUUUCAGGUUCACACCUAUCUCAUGCUCCUGUAAAGUCUCCAAAAUCAUCAACCACUCCGGCAUCACAUGCACCGUCAGUUCACAGUCCAGCACCUACAAAAUCUUCAACGAGUCAUUCUGCAUCACCAGCAGAGGGGAGUACGUCCAAUGCAUCAUCCUCUCCAAUUUCAUCUCCCACGUCAUCAAGCCCGCCAACAGGAAGUAUUGCUCCGGCCUCCAGCGACAACAUUCAUUCACCAGCGAGUUCACCACUCAAUUCCCAGUCGUCAGCUGAGAAGGCAAUAACUCCUUCAGUUGUUCUGAUGUCAACAGUCUCACUCCUCUUUUCACUGCUUUUGGGAGGAUUCCUAAGGAAUAAUUUGACAUAGAAAUUAUACUAUAAACACUUUGUUCUGUUUCCCGGUUAUUACUUAAUUUUGUUUUCUA